AUGCCGUCUAAUGAGAAAAUGAAGGAUGCAGUUUGGGAUUGUGAGUCAACUAAGGCACCAGACAGUGAUGCGUAUAAUAUGAAUUUCAUUAAGAAGUGUUUGAAGGAUGUUGGUGGAGAGUUCACUGCAGCCGUGAUGGGAUUCUUUCAGUCAGCUAUUUUACCUAGAGAUGCGAAUGUUACUUGGGUGGAUUUGGCGCCAAAGUUUGCCGGAGCUAAAGAAAUCAAGGACCUUAGGCCGAUUAGUGCGGUGGGUUGUGUUUAUAAGGUUAUAUCAAAGAUCCUGGUUCAGAGGAUGCAGAAGAUAAUGCCAGGGUUGAUAGGAGAAACACAGAGUGCUUUUGUGCAGGGUAAGAAGAUACAUGAUAGGGCUUUGAUUGCAUGUGAAACUAUACAGAUGAUUAGAGAAGCGGUGCAGAAUGGACGCAUUACUCCGUUGUUGGUUGGAAGGGAUAACAUUGAGUUGUCACAUUUGCAGUUUGCGGAUGAUACUAUACUUUUUUGCCCUUCUGAAGAAGAAAUGAUCAGAAACUAUAAGCAGUUGCUGCGCUGCUUUGAGAUGAUGUCAGGGCUAAGUAUUAAUUUUGACAAGUCCAGCUUGACCCCGGUUAAUUGUGAGCAUAGUUGGGCAUGA